AUGUCUCAGAGCAUGCGCAAGGACCACAACGCACUUCAAAUUCCAUGCGGCUACUUACACUGCGCUCGCUACUUCAAGACUCAAGGAGGGCGCAAAAAGCACUGGAAUGUUUCCCACCCAACAUUUAGACAAGCCACCGUCUCGCAUACUGUCACGGUCGAAGACGAGCCCGAACUACCGGUCGACAACCAUCCUGCAGGCAACAACGACCGCCCUGCGGACAAUAAUGACCUUCCAGCAGAUUUAUCUGACCCGGGACAGGCAUUUGAUGAGUCCAACAAUCCGGUCGACGCAGACACCGUUUUUUUCGGGCCAGGUGAUAGAUUAUACCGUAACUAUCACCCUAAACUAAACGCGCGUCCAUGUGAUGCAAUGGGACACUUCCUUGAAGAUGGAGCACCUCCAGCGCCACCUCCAGACAAGUCGCCCGACGACUGGACUCCGUACCGAGAUCGGGUUGAGUUUGAGACUGCGGAGUUUCUGUAUGUCCGCAACCAAAUGUCCGCUGGGGAUAUCAACAUACUACUGGAUCUUUGGGCCGCAACCCUCCUGAAAUACGAUGACAAGCCGCCAUUUGCAGACUGCCGCGACUUACACAGAACGAUCGACAACACACCAUUGGGCGAUGUCAAAUGGCAAUCGUUCAAGGUACGGUACACUGGGGAGAAGCCAACAAGUGAUGUACCACCCUGGAUGGACCAGUCUCAUGAUGUGUGGUACCGUGAUCCCCAUGAGGUGAUUCAGGGUAUGUUGGGAAAUCCCGACUACGAAAAAGAGAUGGAUUACCGCCCUUUCCGUGAGUUCUCAGCUGACGGCGACAAACGACAAUGGCAGGACUUCAUGUCCGGUGAUUGGGCUUGGAAUCAAGCCGACAUAAUCUCUGAAGAUCCGGAUACGCUCGGCUCAACUUUCGUGCCGGUUAUACUCGGAUCUGAUAAGACCACAGUUUCGGUGGCGACUGGCGCGAACGACUACUACCCCUUAUAUGUAUCGAUUGGCAAUGUUCGCAACAACGUCCGGCGUGCACAUCGUGACGCCGUUGCCAUUGUUGGUUUCCUUGCUAUGCCCAAAACUACGAAGGAGCACGCUGCCGAUGCAAUAUAUCGGAAAUAUCGCCGACAAUUGUUCCACUCAUCCAUCGCCAAGAUCCUGGAGAACUUGAGACCUAGCAUGACCAAACCAGAGGUGGUUCGCUUUGGCGAUGGCCACUAUCGGCGUGUGAUUUACGGGCUUGGUCCGUAUAUCGCAGAUUACGAAGAGCAGGUCCUUCUAGCAUGUAUAGUGCGCGGCUGGUGCCCCAGGUGUAUGUCCAACUGCAAAAAUUUAGAUGAGAAGUCGUUGUGUCGGUGUCGUGACCACACAGAGGCGCUGAUCGAGGAGGUUGCAACAUCCCUCGCUCUGUGGGAUGAGUACGGGAUUGUUGGCGACCUUGUUCCGUUUACCAACGACUUCCCUCGCGCCGAUAUACAUGAGUUGAUUGCACCGGAUCUCCUGCAUCAACUCAUAAAAGGAACCUUCAAGGACCAUUUGGUCGAGUGGGUUGGGAAGUAUUUGGUACACGUACAUGGUAAGAAAGAGGCAGAGAAAAUUCAAGAUGAUAUAGACCAAAGAAUUUCUGCAGUCGCCUCCUUCGCGGGCCUUCGACGUUUUCCAGAAGGUCGAGGAUUCAAACAAUGGACAGGUGAUGAUUCAAAAGCGCUUAUGAAGGUUUAUUUACCCGCCAUUGAAGGCCACGUCCCAACUGAUGUGGUGCGCACGUUUCGUGCAUUCCUUGAAUUCUGCUACCUCGUACGGCGUAGUAUCAUCACAGAGUCCACAUUAGGCCAAAUCCAGGACGCUCUCGACCGAUUCCAUCAUUACAGGGCUAUUUUUGAGUCCACCGGCGUCGUUUCCACGUUCUCCCUCCCCCGACAACACUCGUGCACCCAUUACAUCCUCCUUAUCCGACUUUAUGGUGCGCCGAAUGGCCUUUGCUCAUCAAUCACUGAGACAAAGCACAUCAAGGCAGUCAAGGAACCAUGGAGACGAUCGAGUCGCUACAAAGCACUCGGUCAAAUGCUGGUGACAAACCAGCGCUUAGACAAACUUGCAGCAGCGCGCGUGGAUUUCAAGAGCCGUGGAAUGUUGAACGGCACCUGUCUGUCUGCAAUGCUUCAAAGAUUAAAGCAUUUGCGCUUGAAUAAGGAUCCUGCUGCCACCAACGAGUCCAACCACGCCAACGACAAUCUUUUGGUGCUGCCCUCCAACCCCGACGUUACAAUACUCGGCGAUAACGAAGAGGGUGAAAUCGACGACAGCCCAACGCUGGUACAAGCCCACGUUCAGUUGGCAAAAACGAUUCAACGCAAACGUGCACGCACUAUCGCUAAUCUAUCAACAGAACUCGGUAUCCCCCAUCUCUACACCCUCCUCCGCCGAUUCUUAUUCGAGCAAGCGAACCCAGACGACCAGCGUGCUCCCUCUGACAUCCCGCUUGCAAGAUGUCCUCAAUUCGAUGGAAAAAUUCAAGUGUUCAACUCUGCAUCGUCAAUGUUUUAUGCACCCAGCGACCGCAGCGGGAUUGGCGGCAUGCGCCGGGAACACAUCCGCGCCUGCCCCGUUUGGAGAAACGAAGCACCCCGGUAUGACUGCGUGUUCGUUAACAUGGAUGCAGAUGUUGAAGGGAUGGGGGGCAUGGAGGUAGCCCGUAUAAUGUGUUUUUUUUCAUACACAUUCGAAGGUAUUUUGUACCCAUGCGCUGUGGUACGCUGGUUCGACAAAGCCAGUGACGGGCCCGACGAAGACACAGGGAUGUGGAUCGUUAAGCCUUCUUUCGAUACAGAUAAUUCGCCGUUCAUUGGAAUCAUCCACAUCGACUCGAUCUAUCGCGCCGCGCACCUUGUUCCAAUCUAUGGAACACAGUUCAUCUCACGCGACCUCAAGCACUAUGAUUCAUAUGACGCUUUUCAAGCGUUCUACGUGAACAAAUUCGCAGACCAUCACGCAUUUGAGAUUGCGUCUUAG